ACGCCCAGUGAUCACUUUGUAGCUUGGAUCUGCAGCGGCCGCUGUUCAUCUUGCACUGUGGUGAGAGGACGAAAGAAGAGACACAAACAGAUCUCUCUUUUCAGUUCUUUGUGAAGAUGUCUAGGUACCACAAAGCAGCGGCUGAUGGUUAUUUGGACCUACUGAAGGAGGCCACGAGGAAAGACCUGAACACUGCAGAUGAAGAUGGUAUGACCCCCACCCUCCUGGCUGCUUUUCACGGACACGUCGAAGCUCUUCAGCUCAUAUGCAGCAGAGAAGGAGAUCCCAACAAAAGUGACAUCUGGGGGAACACACCGCUGCAUCAUGCUGCAUCAAACAACCACAUGCACAUCGUAAGCUUCCUGGUCAACUUUGGCGCCAACCUCUUCGCUCUGGAUAAUGACUUCCACACAGCCAUGGAUGUGGCGGCGUCUCAUGGCCACAUGGAAAUCGUGCGAUUUCUGGAUGCCGCUGCUUCGAGGCAGACCAAUCAGAAUUCGAGAAAGGUUGCCAACUUGAAGAAGGAGGCUCAGAAAGAAGCAGAGAGACGAGUAAAACUCUGCGAAAAGGUGAAGAAGAAGCAUCAGAGUAAGAUGGUCAAAAUGAACAGAGGAUCAGGCAGUUUUGAUAAUGAAAGCAUGGGAUCAGCUGAAUCUACGGAUGGAAACAAGAUUGGAGUUAAUGAGCAAUUCUCCAAGCUGAUUGCUGCAGAAAAAACUGGCUCCGUUACAGCCAGGGUCAAAGGUACACUGCAGAAGAGGCUUGGUAUGAAAGACAAAGGCACUUUGCAGAGGCCAGGAGAUCCGAACGUUAUCUACGGCAAACAGGACAAUGGAGCACCUGAUAAGCCAGAAUUUCUCGGAGUCUUCAACGAGCAGGACGAAGAUAUGUUAGAAGAGGAAAUGACAAACCAGUUUGAUGAGGACGGCGAGGAAGAAUCAGGAAAAGUCCAGCAAUCCAUUUUCAACCGACCUGGUCUUGGAGGUCUGAUCUUCAUGAAGAAGAUGAACAUGGAUGCGGAAGACCUUCCCAGCGGGAACAACGAAAGUCUCGGCUACCUUGUUCAGAAUCAGCUCUUUGAGGGGGAGGAAAAUGCCGGCGGUGAUGGGGAGGUUGAUGACGAUGACCUUAAUUGGGAUCAGGACGAUCUGGGACUUGAUGAUGAUGAAGACAAGGAAAACUCUCCUUUAGAAGUGUUCUUGUCUGCCCUCUCCCUGCCACAGUUCACACUUGCAUUUAGUCGAGAGCAUCUGGACUUGGAAGCACUUCUGCUUUGCUCUGAUGAUGACCUGAAAAGCAUUCGCAUUCAGUUGGGGCCCAGGAAGAAGAUCUUAGAUGCUGUGGCUCGCAGGAGAAAAGCAAUCGAGAGUCCUGGCAUCAUGAAGGACAGCUGCCUAUGAUCUGUGCAUGUGUGUUUGUGUCACAUCUGAUACGCUCUUAGAAAGUUUCACUGACAUGGAAUCAAAUAUUUCAUUUGACACUUGAUUGUCAUGUGGGUUAAUAAUGUAUGUAAUAAUGUAAAGAUGCAUUCUUCUUUCAAAUCUGUAAAUGUAGAAAUGUGCUAAUCAAAAGUAAGAUAGGCUUUUUGUUUACUUCUUUGUUGUUUGCAGGUAUAGGUAUAUACCUGCAAUAUAUAUAGGUUAUUUGCAGGUAAAGGUAUAUCCUAUUUCUGCUUUAAACCACCAUUCCCUCAAAUAAUAUUUCCUUUGAAUUAAUUUGAGCUUGUAAAUUAUUUCUUUAAAUAAAUAAACAAGUAGAUAAACAAAUAGA